UGUCAAAUGUCAAUCUAAUCGUGAUCCUAUCUCUUUUGCAAACUAUUUUGCUUAGAUAUUUUUAUUAUUUAAUGUAUUCUGUUUAAUUAAAUUUCAUAUUUUAGACUUAUUGCAUUAGAACGAUGUCCAAAAAAAGAGGUAAUAAGAAGAAUUUAGACUUGGAUGAAGAUUUUGAGGACAAAAAAUCUGUUGCCAACGACGCUAUAACCUCAAAGACCAAAGGAAAGGGCAAAAAGAAAGGGAAAGAUGUCGUGGACAGUGAUGCUGAAGGAGACGUGAACAAAGCACACAUAUCAGACGAUGAGCAGGAUGUUAAACCAGCUUCAAAGAAGUCUCAAAAGAAAGGUAAAAACAAAAAGAAAGGGGUUGAUAUAUCUGAUGAAGAGCAAGAUGAUAAAUCAAUUAUAAGCAAUACCACAAAUACAUCUAUAAAACCUGCAGCAAAGACUAAAAAGAAAAAAGGUAAAGGUAAAAAAGGAGAUGACUGGUCUGAUGAAGGUAGUGAUUUAGAACUUAAACAAGUCUCUGAGGAAGAAGAAAUUGCACAACCCAUUAUGAAAAAGAAAGCAAAAAAUAAAAAGAAAGUAAUAGCAGAAUCUGAUGAAUCGGACAAUGAAGAUACCAAAUCUGUUAUUAGUAAUGUGUCAAGUAAUGCACCUGCAUCAAAAUCUAAAAACGAAAAAAAUAAAAAGAAUACUGCUGCCGAAGAUGAAUCAGACAAUGAAGAAUCAGUUAGCAGUAAUAAUGUACCACCACCAAAAUCAAAAAGUAAAGGUAAGAAAAAAGAGGAAUGGCCAGACGAAGAAGAAAGUGAUAAAGAACUAAAAAUUGAAUCGGAAGAUGAGGAAGAAUUAAAGCCUGUAGUUAAAAGUAAAUUAAAAAGUAGGAAGAAAAAUAAUAUGGAUAAUUUAGAAGAGGAACUUAAAAAGUUCGAAAUUAAGGAUCCUGAACCGGAGGGGGAUGAUAAAGAAAAGGAAGAGAAACCAAAAGAGAAAUUAAAGCUAGAAGAGAAGAAAAUGAGUCAUAAAGAGAAGAAGAAAUUGAAGAAACAGCAAGAGUAUGAGAAACAAGUGGAAAUGUUAACGAAAAAGGGUGGCCAGGGUCACAGUGACUUGGAUGCAAACUUCACAGUUAGUCAAGCACAAAAAUCUGCUGGUCAAAUGGCAGCAUUAGAAAACGCAGUCGACAUUAAAGUAGAGAACUUCUCAAUCAGUGCGAAAGGAAAAGAUUUAUUUGUGAAUGCAAAUUUGUUGAUUGCCAACGGUCGGAGAUAUGGUCUUGUUGGGCCCAAUGGUCACGGGAAGACAACAUUAUUGAGACAUUUGGCCCAACGAGCAUUCCCACUUCCGCCCCAUAUUGAUAUAUUGCUAUGUGAACAGGAAGUAACUGCCAGUGAUAUGAGUGCUGUUGAUACUUUAUUGGAAUCUGAUGUUAAAAGAAAGGAGCUUUUGGACGAGUGUAAGGAGUUGGAAGCGAUCAUAGAAAAAGGCGAUCUGUCUAAACAGGAAAAGCUAAAUGAGGUAUAUGCAGAAUUAAAAGCGAUAGGUGCUGACUCUGCUGAACCACGCGCUCGUAGGAUUCUAGCCGGUCUAGGAUUCAGUAAGGAGAUGCAAAACAGAGCGACGAAGAACUUCUCCGGAGGAUGGCGCAUGAGGGUCUCAUUGGCUAGAGCUUUAUAUAUCGAACCAUCACUACUACUACUCGAUGAACCUACGAAUCACUUAGACCUCAAUGCUGUUAUUUGGUUAGACAAUUACCUCCAAGGAUGGAAGAAGACGUUGCUAGUUGUAUCCCACGACCAGUCUUUCUUAGACAACGUGUGUAACGAAAUCAUUCACCUAGACCAGCAAAAGUUGUUCUAUUACAAGGGCAAUUACUCAAUGUUCAAGAAAAUGUACGCCCAAAAGCGGAAAGAAAUGAUAAAAGAGUAUGAGAAACAGGAGAAGAGGUUAAAGGAUUUGAAGUCGCAUGGACAGUCGAAGAAGGCAGCGGAAAAGAAACAAAAAGAAGCCCUUACACGUAAACAAGAGAAGAACCGUAGCAAAUCACAGCGGGAAGAGAACGAAGACAACGCGGCUCCUGUCACUCUCUUACAGCGACCUAAAGAGUACAUUGUCAAGUUUAACUUCCCAGAUCCACCGCCAUUGCAGCCUCCGAUCCUUGGAUUACAUAAUGUGAACUUCAACUUCCCUGGUCAAAAGCCUCUAUUCAUCGAGGUCGACUUUGGUAUCGACCUGAAUUCCCGUAUCGCGAUCGUAGGACCCAACGGAGUUGGUAAAUCCACCUUCCUCAAACUCCUCGUUGGUGAAUUGAGUCCUAUUCAAGGGGAGCUUCUGAGAAAUCAUAGACUGAGAAUCGGUCGUUUUGACCAACACAGUGGAGAACAUUUAACGGCUGAAGAGUCGCCAGUGGAAUAUCUGCAGCGGCUUUUUGGGCUGCAGUAUGAGAAGGCUCGUAAAGCUCUUGGAACUUUUGGGCUUGCUAGUCAUGCGCAUACGAUCAAAAUGAAGGAUCUCAGUGGAGGGCAAAAGGCCAGGGUUGCCUUGGCUGAACUUACAUUGAUGGCACCUGAUGUUAUUAUUCUGGACGAGCCUACAAAUAACUUGGAUAUAGAAAGUAUAGACGCGCUGGCAGAAGCCAUCAACGCAUACAAGGGCGGAGUCGUGAUCGUAUCUCACGACGAACGACUUAUUCGUGAGACGGAGUGCGCCCUCUAUGUUAUUGAAGACCAGACUAUUAAUGAGGUGGAUGGUGACUUCGACGCCUACCGUAAGGAGCUUCUCGAAAGUCUCGGCGAAACUAUUAACUCUCCAUCCAUCAUCGCCAACGCGGCUGUUCUCCAAUAAGAAGACAUUGGUGCUGAUUAUAUCUAAGUACUAAAACAUUUAAAUAUAACUUUAGCGGUUUUAAACGCGUAUUUCCCAAUCCAUCAAAAAGCAUGUAAAUAAUGUUAUAAUACGCGAACAAAAAAGUUUUAUUUAGAUAUUGGUGCUGUUUAAAAUUUUAAAAUUGCUUGUAAUGAAAUAUAAUAUCCAUAUAUAAUACUGGUAUGACUAAAAAACUUUUAAUAGUAAAUGUAAAAAAAUUCAACCGAAGUAAUUAAGAUAAACACAAUUUAAAUGGUAUUUGUUCAUAAAUGUUACUUUUUCACAAAAAAAUAAUUUAUUGAUAGUUCAGUUUUCGGCUUAAUAGUUUUGUCGGCCCAAUUCACCAUUAAAAAAUAAAAAUAAAUUUUAAUAAAAUGCAAGAUUUUAACCAAUUUAUUCCUUGUACAGUUUGUAUAUUUAUUUUUAUUUGUAUUAAUGUUUGCAAACUGUACAUAAAAGUCAUGUAAGAUUUAUCUUCCAAUAUUUAUA